CCCGCUGGGUGUAAAAGCAGCCGGAGCUCAAGGAGGAAACCUUUCUUUCUGUAGGGCCUUCCAUCGAAGAGGGUGAGCCAUGGCCAAGGCGGGGAAGGCGCCUCUUCUGCCCGUGCCGCGGGGACCGGGCUCGGCUGCUCUGCCCUCGCUGCUCUACCUGCGGGCGGCGGUGCCGGUCUACCCUCGCGCUCCCAAAUGCGCGCGCUGCCGCAACCACGGCGCGGUCUCGGCGCUCAAGGGCCACAAGCGCUUCUGCCGGUGGCGGGACUGCGCCUGCGCCAAGUGCGCGCUCAUCGCCGAGCGGCAGCGGGUCAUGGCGGCCCAAGUGGCGCUCAGGAGACAGCAGGCCCAAGAGGCCGAGGCGGUCGAGGACGCCGAGGAAGAGCAUCUGCUAAGAGAAGAAAAGAUUCAGAAGACUGACUUCUACAGCAAAGAACUUGGCAGUUCUGUAGUCCAUGUUCCCAUAUCUUCCAUGACGUCCUCUCCUGAAACUACUGGAGGUCAUAAAGAGAAGCCACUUGGUGUACAGAGUCUAGGUAAAGAGGCUACAAUGGUUCAGCCCUCAAGCCCUCAUGAGUCUUUAGAAGGGACAGACAGUUCAACAUCUCUGUCUUCUUCAGACAUGGAAUCAGGGAAUGAAAGUGAAUGUCCCAGGGACUUGGCUGCCUUUCCCAUCAGAGUUUCUGCUGCGGGUUCUUCUUCAAGCGCUGCUUCCAGACGGAGAGAUCCACUUGAUAUUCUUAUCAGGGUGUUUCCCAAUCAUAAGCAGAGUAGGUUAGCAAAGGUUCUGCACUUCUGCAGAGGAGACAUAGCCCAAGCUAUAGAACAGAUACUGAAUAUGAAUGAAAAGGAGCAAGAAUUUGGAGGCCGUGAAUUCCUGCCUUUGCCUCAGUGUAGUGUUAUCCAGCGAUCCUCUGAUUUUAAUCUCUUAGAAGUGGAUGUCAAAGCUUUUGGUGGUACAUCAGCAUUUGCUCCUCUUCAAACCAAUCCAUCUUCUUUAGGGAGUGAGGUGAAUUUUUAUGGUCUAAAUCCUAGAUUGGGAUUCAGACCUUUGCGAUUGGCAUACUCAUCUCCAGGAAGAGCUGUCCCGGCAUUGAUGUCUCCCUACCUAAGGACUGGCCUGUUUCCUGCUUUGCCUUUUCAUCCAGCUGUGGACUGUUCCUUCUCGGGAGUGACCAAAGAUGCACCCUAUUUCCCCAAUAAAGACAUGAUAAUCAGUAGCAAGAUUUAUACCAGAUUAAAUGAAACAAAUAGCACCUGAAUCAGGUCUUCAGUAUUGUAGUGUAGUAUAUAGUAUGACUCCCAUAUUCAUGAGUUUUAGAUUCCAGGACUUUGCAUGGAUCUGCAAAAUUGCAGAUAUUAAUGAACCCUAUUGAAUGAAAGACUUUCACUGGAAGCAUACCAUAGAGCAGUGAUUCUCAACCUGGGGUCCCCAGAUGUUUUUGGUCUACAACUCCCAGAAAUCCCAGCCAGUUUACCAACUGUUAGGAUUUCUGGGAGUUGAAGGCCAAAAACAUAUGGGGACCCCAGGUUGAGAACCACUGCCAUAGAGUCAUGAUAGCGGACCUAGGAAACGCCUACAAUAGACACCUCUAGGCUAGAUCCUCCAGUACAUCUCUAUAGCUAGCUUCCAGUAGAAACCUACUAUAGAGUCACCUGGAGAAUAUAGAAAAUGUCUAUAGACCAGUGGUUCUCAACUUGUGGGUCCCCAGGAGUUCUGGCCUACAAUUACCAAAAAUCCCAGCCGGUUUACCAGCUGUUAGGAUUUCUGGGAGUUGAAGGCCAAAACAUCUCGCAACCCACAGGUUGAGAACCACUGCUAUAGUGGAUAUAUUUUGUGAGAUUUGGGUUAAUGAAACAAUGGAUAAUGAUCCUGCAGAUACUGUACUUAUUACAAUGUGUUGGACAGAAAUUAGUGUUUGAGUGUCUAAGUCUCAAUGGUACUAUCUUAUCAUAAAGAGCUAUUAAGCAACUCUUAAAACUUUAUAUAUCUUUUUUACAAAUAGGAUGUAAUGGUAUUCUCCAUUUUGACAUAAAAAUGUGAAAACCAAGAGAAUUCUAAAAUAUUAGCAAUAACAAACUCCAUUAGAAUUAGCACUGUGUUUAGAUACAAGCUUUCUUAUAUAUUUUCAUACUUUUGGGGUGGGGAUAUGUGGGAUUUAAGAAGUUGUUUGAAAAAAUGGAAACUGAAUUAUAGAAGAAACCCAAUAAAUUAUGACUAUUGAAAUCCA